AUGGCCGCAAGCUGGAACCUCCAGGAUGAUAUUUCUGUGGAUGACCCGGAGAUUUACAGUCUCAUCCAGAAAGAAAAGGACAGGCAGAGAAAGGGUCUGGAAAUGAUUGCAUCAGAAAAUUUUGCCAGCAAGUCUGUGCUGCAAGCCUUGGGCUCCUGUCUAAACAAUAAAUACUCAGAAGGGCAGCCUGGUCAGAGAUACUAUGGUGGCAAUGAAAUCAUUGAUCAAGUUGAACGUUUGUGUCAGAAGAGAGCUCUGGAAGCUUUUAAUUUGAAACCUGAGGAGUGGGGAGUGAAUGUUCAGCCAUUGUCAGGAUGCCCAGCCAAUUUUGCAGUCUACACUGGACUUGUGGAACCACACGGCCGGAUCAUGGGUCUGUACUUGCCAGACGGGGGUCAUCUCAGUCACGGGUUUAUGACUCCCCAGAAAAAAGUGUCAGCUACCUCGGUGUAUUUUGAAUCCUUCCCAUACAAGCUGGACCCUAAGACAGGCCUAAUUAACUACGAUGAACUGGAGGCAAAUUCUAAGCUGUUUUUACCCAAACUGAUCAUUGCAGGAGUCAGUUGUUACUCCAGACAUCUUGAUUACAAACGCUUCCGCCAAAUAGCAGACGAUGUUGGGGCUUACCUGAUGGCUGAUAUGGCUCAUGUCAGUGGCUUGGUGGCUUCUGACCUGGCACCAAACCCAUUCCAGUACUGUGAUAUAGUCACAACCACCACUCACAAAACUCUCAGAGGGCCACGAUCUGGGAUGAUAUUCUUCAGAAGAGGCGUCCGAAGAGAGCAGAAAAAUGGCACCAAGGAAAUGUAUGAAUUGGAGAAGAAAAUCAACGAGGCUGUAUUUCCUGGUCUGCAGGGUGGCCCUCACAAUCAUCAGAUUGCAGCUGUUGCUGUAGCACUGAAACAGGUAGCAAGUCCAGAAUUCAAAGAAUAUCAGAAACUUGUCAUCAGCAAUGCAAAGACAAUGUGCCAGUUCUUGUUGGACAAAGGCUAUCACGUUGUAUCUGGGGGCACUGACAACCAUUUGGUACUGGUGGAUCUGCGAAACAAGAACCUGGAUGGAGCUCGAGGUGAAAGAAUUCUGGAGGAUGUUGGUAUAGCUGUAAACAAAAACACUUGCCCAGGAGACAAAAGUGCGCUGAAACCAAGUGGUCUUCGUCUUGGAACUCCACCACUUUCUUCCAGAAACUUGAAAAAUGAAGACUUUAUUAAAGUUAUGGAGUUUUUUGAUGAAGCUAUAAUAUUAGCACAAGAAGCAAACAAGGACUGUGGCCCAUUACUAAAGGAUUUCAAAGCAAAGCUGGAAACGCCAGAAUUCAAAGCCAAGAUUCAGGAUUUGAAGCAGAGGGUUGAAAACUUUGCCAUUGCUUUCCCCAUGCCUGGCUAUGAUGACUGGUAG